GAACUGCACGAGGGGCCGGAGGGGCCAAGCCUCUUUCUCCACUGGAGCGAACGCCCGGAGUGAUGGCGAUGGUGAUGGCGGCAGCUCCCCGGACCGCCCCGGUGAAACUGCCCUCCGGGAGAUUCAUCCAGAAAGUUACCAGAAGAAACUUCCUGUCAGCAAAACUGAAAAAGCAGCAUUUAUAACACUGGAAUUUGUGGAUGAUUUGCUAAAAUGGCUGAAAGUAGUGAAAAUAAUAGUAAAAAUGUAGAUGUAAGGCCCAAAACAAGUCGGAGUCGAAGUGCUGACAGAAAGGACGGUUAUGUAUGGAGUGGAAAGAAGUUAUCUUGGUCCAAAAAAAGUGAGAGUUGUUCUGAUGCUGAAACAGUGGAUGCUGUAGAGAAAUCUGAAGCUGCUUUAAGGAGCCAAGAAAGGAAGCACAGCUGUUCAUCCAUUGAGUUGGACUUAGAUCAUUCCUGUGGACAUAGAUUUUUAGGGCGAUCUCUUAAACAAAAACUGCAGGAUGCUGUUGGGCAGUGUUUUCCAAUAAAGAACUGUAGUAGUCGUCAUUCUUCAGGGCUUCCAGCUAAAAGAAAAAUUCAUAUUAGUGAACUUAUGUUAGAUAAGUGUCCUUUCCCACCUCGAUCAGAUUUAGCCUUUAGGUGGCAUUUUAUUAAAAGACACACUGCUCCAAUAAGUCCCAAAUCAGAUGACUGGAUAAGCACAGACUUAUCUCAGAGUGAAUUGAGGGAUGGUCAGCUAAGACAAAGAAGAAGCUUGGAAGAAGAUAUAAACUGUUUCUCUCAUACCAAUGUUCAGCCUUGUGUCAUAACUACCAACAGUGCUUCAUGUAGAGGUGGUCCCAUGACUGGCUCUGUGAUGAACCUGGUUUCAAAUAACAGUAUAGAAGAUAGUGAUAUGGACUCAGAUGAUGAAAUCAUAACACUUUGCACAACUUCCAGAAAGAGAAAUAAACCCAAAUGGGAAAUGGACGAUGAAAUCCUUCAGUUGGAAGCACCGCCUAAGUACCACACACAGAUUGACUAUGUCCAUUGUCUAGUACCAGACCUCCUUCAGAUCAAUAACAACCCAUGUUACUGGGGAGUUAUGGAUAAAUACGCAGCUGAAGCUCUUCUAGAAGGGAAACCAGAGGGCACCUUUUUACUUCGGGACUCAGCACAGGAAGACUAUUUAUUUUCUGUUAGUUUUAGACGCUACAGUCGUUCUCUUCAUGCUAGAAUUGAGCAGUGGAAUCACAACUUUAGUUUUGAUGCACAUGAUCCUUGUGUCUUCCAUUCUCCUGACAUUACUGGGCUCUUAGAGCAUUAUAAGGACCCAAGUGCCUGUAUGUUCUUUGAGCCACUUUUAUCCACUCCCUUAAUCCGGACUUUUCCUUUUUCCCUGCAGCAUAUUUGCAGGACAGUUAUUUGUAACUGUACAACUUACGAUGGCAUUGAUGCCCUUCCAAUUCCUUCUACUAUGAAAUUAUAUCUAAAGGAGUAUCAUUACAAAUCAAAAGUUAGAGUUCUCAGGAUCGAUGCACCAGAACAACAGUGCUAAGAAAAGGGUAGGAACAUGGGAAUAAUUACAUAAGUAUUUUCAUUUAAUGUUUUAUUUUUCUUAUUAUGCCUUUGAAUUUUCUACAAGGGCAGUUUGGAGUCCAAGAUAAACCUCUGCCUUUAAUUUUAUUUCCAGAUCAGCUUAUUUUUCUUAACAUUGUAUAUGAACAGUUAGUAGAUAUUUUUGACUAGCUGGCUGUUUGGUUUUUGUUUUACUGUGUAGAUUGUAUUCUUAAGUUUUUUCUUUAUAUAUUUUCUGGGCGUAUUUGAAAUUUGGUAGAUAAUGAAGGCAUUUGAAUAUUCUGUAAAAAUCAUAUAGGAAACAUUUACAUAUAAAAUAUUUUGUUAAUCUAUGUCAUCAGUAUUCCUGUGCAAAAAAUAUAGUUCACCCAUCCUAUUCUCAUUGAAUUUUAAAGUUGUUCAGUAAAGAUGUGUUGUAAUUCGUCCAUA